AUGGAACUUAGAACUAGUAUGGAACUUUUGCUUUUGAUACUUGAAAGAUGGAUAUUAGAAGAUGAGGAUGGUGAUUAUGAUGAUGAGCUUGGUUUGUUUGAUGUUCCUAUCGCUGAGAGAUUGAGUCAUAGAACAGAUCGAGGAGCAGGAUGGCGACAUGUUCAACAACUUAUGUAUGAAUCUGAUCAGCAAUGUUAUGACAUUCUUCGAAUGAAUCAAAGGACUUUUGAAGCUUUGUGCAAGAUGCUAGCUGAGCGAUAUGGAUUGAAAGAGACUCACCAUGUCUACCUUGAAGAAUCUGUGGCGAUGUUUCUCGAGACUGUUGGUCAAGAUAAGACGAAGCGGGAUAUUGCUGCAAGGUAUCAAAGAUCAUUGGUUACAGUCCAACGGAAGCUUGAUGAUGUUUUGAGUGCUAUUCUGAAGUUUGCGGAGGAUACAUUAAGACCACAAGAAGGCGAGUUUGGAAGAGUGAGUCCUGUUUUGAGAAAUGAUGAUCGGUAUUGGCCUCAUUUCAGAGAUUGUGUUGGAGCACUCGAUGGAACUCAUGUGCCGGUUCGCCCUCCAAGUCAAAAUGCAGAAGCAUAUAAAGGUAGAAAGCAAGAUCCUACAAUGAAUGUUCUUGCUAUAUGUAACUUCGACAUGAAGUUCAUAUACGCAUAUCUCGGUGUACCUGGUAGAGCACAUGAUACGAAGGUCUUGACUCAUUGUGCGCGGAAUGAGGCUUCUUUCCCACAUCCUCCUCCUGGGAAGUAUUAUCUAGUUGACUCGGGAUAUCCAACUAGGACGGGGUAUCUUGGUCCGCAUCGGAGUAUGCGAUAUCAUCUUGGUCAGUUUGCUAGAGGAGGACCACCAGUUAGUGCACGAGAGUUGUUCAACCGAAAGCAUUCAGGAUUGCGAUCGGUGAUUGAGAGGACAUUUGGAGUAUGGAAAGCAAAAUGGAGGAUUUUGGAUCGUAAGCAUCCAAAGUAUGGUCUGGUCAAGUGGAUUAAGCUUGUGACAGCGACGAUGGCGCUACACAACUUCAUACGUGAUUCACAUCGGGAAGAUCAUGAUUUUGUACAAUGGCAAAGCGAUGAUGAUGGAGAAGGAGAAGGAGAAGCAGAAGGAGCUGAUGACUUGAUAACUAAAUCUACUUUCUGCGUCUGUGGCUGCGGCUGCGGCAAUGUCCUGCGUCUUAGAAACGAACAACAAGUUGCGUAUGCGGCUGCGGCUGCGGCUGAGUCUGCGGCUGCGGCUGAGUCUGCGGCUGCAAAACGAACAACAACCAAAGGAAUAGACGCAGCCGCAGCCGCAGACUCAGCCGCAGCCGCAGCCGCAGGAACAUGCGUCAAUGAAACGAACAGCCCUAACAAAGAAGUCCAAAAGGAGAUUCAACUCACCUGGGAGGCAAAGUGUCAGCACUUACCUGGUAGCCGCUUCCAUAUUGCUCUCAAGAGAUGCUGA